AUGACCCAGGGUCUAGAGCCAUGGAUUCGGCCCCUGAUCCCGCCGACAAUCCGUAACAGACAUGACACUCGGCCGGGGGACCCCGUAGAUCGCAGGAGUCAUCACUCCUCGUUCCAAGUCCUUGACAACAUCCCUGCAGCCGUAUUAGCACCGAGCUCGGAUGCAUUAUCCCCACCACCAGACAAGCCGUCUUUUGCCAAAAACCCCUCCUUUCACCGACGAGCCAAUACCGAGAUCAUUCGUCGCCAGACGCCCCCUCUGCCCGCUCGACAGUUGUUUGCGGAUCAGCCUAAAACUUACGAGGACCUCGAUAAACCCUCGACCGAGACCGGCCCCCGCAGGAAAUUCGAGGAGGGCGCCAAACUGAUAUCAGGUUGGUUCCAAGGAAAGUCGCAACCGGUCAACUUGGGAGUUGUGCACCCUCCUACGGACCAAGAGUCUUCGGAAACAACAACCAAUAUGGACUACCGGACCUCGCGCGAUUACUACACCUCCCCCAACACUCCUACUCUCCCGACGAGUCGGGCACAGAAGCGCAUGACUGCUCCGUCGCCGCUCAAGCAGGUGACGUCCUCCAGCCCGUUCUCCUUUUUCGGGUUGAAGCGCCAGGGGGAGAGCAAAGCGGAGCUGCCCGAGCCCGCCGAGGAUGAAUUCCUGAACAUGGAUAUCACGGCCGCUCUGUUCCCGCCUACGUCCAGCGGCCUCGACGAGCGGGAGGCAUUCGAUGCGCUGCGAAUCAAUGCAGACAGCGUUCUCAGACGGCUGCAGGCGGCCUACAAACAGCGGACGUUCGCGCUGCAUGAAGCGCUGGCCGAUAAGAACGAAAAGCAGGAGGAGUUGGAGGAGACCCGAACGCGCGUCGGCCACCUCAAGGUUCAACUGGAUGGCAUGGCCGAAAAGGUGCUGCAGCAAGAGAAAGCCGUCAAAGCGAUGGCCGAGGAGCUGGAGCAGGAAAGACAGUUGCGACGCCGAGAGGACGAGGCGCGUCGGCGCAGCGUGAUGCUCGUCCGAUCCAGCGAUGACGAGAGCUCCGACCUGGGUGCCGACCUUCAGACGCCGAAGCGCAGCUUGAAACGCAACAGCAAUGCCACCUUUACCAGCGACUCGGGAUUUGACUCCGGCGACGAGAGCCUUGCCGAGAGCGUGUUUUCGCGUCGCGAGGGUGUUGAAUCUCCGGCCUCGACCGUCGCCCCUUCUCCUAACCUUUCCCAAGUCACGCUCUCGACUCCGACGACGACUUCCGCUCCGAGUCAAAAAGAAAAAGAAGCCAAACUGACUCCCGUCUCCACCCCCGCCUCUACGCCGCGACCGUCGGCGUAUGAUCGCGUGCUCAAAGGCUUGGCUUCCACGGGUAUCAGCUCGUGGACGGGCAAUUCGUCCAAAUGCCAGAUUUGUCAUGGCGUUCCUGCAUCGGAAGCUUGGAGCGUCAUGGGCAUCCUGAAAGAAGAAAACAAGGGACUCAAGGACCGGCUAGGAGAGCUUGAGAUGGUCAUUGAUGACUGUCUCUGCCUGGUCGGACCGUAACCUGGAGUCCCGAAUGCAAUAUUUCCGUCAAUGGCCAGAAAAUAUUCCGACUGUGUCUACAUGAUGUAGAGACAGCGAUCAAUUUCCUUUGUUUUUACGAUGAGGACAUAUUUUGUUUGAUAUUGUUUUGAUGAAUGGAAGCUCUGUAUUGUGAUACCUCCGUGCUAGUUGGAUAGUCUAUAGAAAUAUCACGCACGCAAUUGUAUAGUC